AUGUCUGCCGAACAAGCUCCAGUCGAAGUCCCCGCCGCCGAUGCUCCAGUAGCGGAAGCUGAGCCAGCUCCAGUCGCUGAGGAAGCUCCAGCUGCUGAGACAGCUCCAGCCGAGCCACUCUUCUACUACACGUUGGAAUCGUGCGAUGGAAAGGAAGUAAAGAUCUCGUCAGAGGCUGUCAAACAAUCGAAAACUCUUAACGACCUGGUGUGGAAUCUUCAUGGAGGAGCUGAAAUGGAUGAGAGUAUUCCGAUGGACAACAUCACUCAUCCCACUCUGAUCAAAGUUGUCGAAUUCUGUGAGCAUCACAAAGGGGAGCCGAUCCCAGUUGACGACGGAAGCGUCCCGAAGAAAGUGACUAUUACAGAAUGGGAUGAAGAGUUUUUCAAGAUGGAUGACAUGGAACUGUUUCAUCUGGUUCUCGCUGCCAACUACUUGGAUAUCAAGCAACUCUUGAAUUAUGCUUGCAAGAAGGUUGCUCAGAUGGCCAUGGGAAAGUCUCCAGAAGAGCUUCGUGCCAUCUUCAUGAUUCCAACGGAUGAGGAAAUUGAAGCCGCUGAGAAGGCUGCUGAAAAAGAGGAAGUUGCUCGUCAAGUUGCUUAUAAUCUUGCUGAGAUAAACAGGAAAAUCAAGGAGAUGGAACAGGCUGAUGCUGCUGCGUCUAGAGCUAAGGAAGCUGCUGCUGCUGGAGCCGAAGAGCUUAUCGCUGGAGUCAAGGAAGCUUCUUAA